AGGACUCAGCUUCCCGAAUUUGGCAAAUUUACCUACGUUGCCCAACCUGCCCAACGGGACGAACAUGUCGAACGUGGCAACGGAUUGGCUGGACGCGGCCAAUAAGCACGUACCAACUCUCAGUGUGAAUGCCCGCCGAAAGUAUUUCCAUGCACUUGCUGUGGUGAUGUUCCUUCCUGGGAUUAUCGUGGACCCUGCGUUUUCCCAUCUGGCCUUCAGCGCGGCAUUUGCCUUGUUCACCUUUGCGGAGUACGUGCGAUAUUUCGCGCUGUACCCGUUCGGUGCAUCUGUGCAUGUCUUCAUGAACGAGUUCCUGGACCAGAAGGACAGCGGGACUGCGAUACUGAGCCAUUUCUACCUGCUCAUCGGGUGUGCAGGUACUGUGUGGUUUGAAGGCCCAUCACAGCUGCUCCAAUACACGGGUACACUGGUCUUGGGCGUGGGUGACGCAUUGGCUUCUAUUGUCGGUAAGCGGCUGGGGCGGCACCGGUGGCUGGCUACGAGCCCGAAGACUGUGGAGGGUAGUGCGGCCUUUGCGCUGUCCAUCGUGGUGUGUGCAUGGGUGUUACGUGUGCUCGGGUUCAGUGAGCAUUUUUCGGUUGCGAAAUAUGCGGUGGUAGCGGUGCUGGCGUCGGUGCUGGAGGCGUUCUCUGUGCAGAACGACAAUGUGAUACUGCCGCUGUAUAUGUGGAGCAUGCUUGUAUUUGCGGAGGUGUACACGCGUCGGGGUCGGGGUCGGGGAAGGCGCCCCGCCGGCCGUCUACCGCCUCUUCUGCCGAAGAGCGGUCCAUCCUGCUGCCCGCCUCUUGAAAUGCUUUCGUCGCCUUUUGAUUCCCCGCCCCCGGACGAUCACAUAUCCACUUGUCAAUCUACCGUGGAGACCGAGGCGGAGACGGACUACGACUGGGCGACGUUCAUCAGCGCCUACGCCCUCGGGCGAUGGGACCCGUUGAGGACGCCGCACCCACCACGAUCGCAUCUACAGGCCCCGAGUCACCCACAACCGUCCGAGGUGCCGCGGGCAUCUUGGUCCGAGUUGGUGCCGGAGGCUAGCAGCGAUCAUGUCAAUGGCGCUGAUCUGGUAGACUUUGACGACUACUCGACGUCCGCAGGGGAAUUUACAGGACCGCAGUCGGCGCUCGCUGUGCAGCCGUCUGCUGACGAUAUGGAGCCGGCAAAUGCGCCAAAGCGCCUGAAUGUGCCUUUCAGUCUUGGGUCGUUCUCCCACCGUCUGAGAAGUUCAUUCUCGGACCUUCGCCAAUCGGCCUCGUCGUCAUCUUCAGGUGAAAGCUCACGUCAUUCGAGCAUCCCCAUUGCGGAUGCGGCAACGUCAGCCGCAGCGAUCCGGUGGGCAGGCGCACGCGUAUCUGUCGCGCCACUUGCGCUUCCAUCGCCAGAGCACGAACUGACGGAUCCGAUGCGCGGUGUCACCGCAACUAUUCCCGGGUCGCGCCCGUCCGAUUUCUCAGCCCCAGAGUCCCCCCUGAUGUCUCCAAACACUAUUCGUAAGACGCGGCUGAGCAGCUUCUGGCAGGGUACCCAGGAUGUCGAGGACUACCGGCUACCCACGAUCCAGCAGAGCCCGCCAUCGCCGGCACCGAUCGAGAAUGCGAAGCCUAAAGCCACGAACUCAGACAGUGCGGUCUCGUCGGAGCCUCUCGAGGAGGAUUACUUCGGGAACAUGGAGCCAUCGCGCAUCGAAAGCCUGAUCGCGGCAGGGGAGCAUCCCACGCGGGCAAUAUCGCGCCCGCCCCACCCGCCGCCGGAGCGCCAGAUUUCGGCGCCGCCGUUCGAAAUCGACCCGAUGACUGUCCCCGCGCUCCCGCGCAGGAUCUGCCUGACGCGCCAGACGAGCGCGCCACUGCCGACGGCAUCCUUGUAUGAGCGACGACUGCGCUCGGCUCGCCCGGCGUCAGAGAGCCUCGUGUCGGGAUUGACCGGGCGGGCGGCGAAGGAGGAGCAGAUGUAUUCGGAACUGGGGUACCUCGCCCCGCCGAACCCGCCGGACGAGCUCGAACGGCGGCGGGCGUUGUACAAAUUCAAUAUCUGGGGUACGGGGCGAGAUCCGAAUUUCGAUCGCAUAGCCCAUCUGGUGAAACUGGUCUUCAGUACCAAGAUUGUGACCAUCUCGCUUCCCCUUGUCAUUGGAGAUCCCUACAUCCGCUUUUAUGCUGGUUGUCCGCUACGUACACAUGAUGGCUUCAACAUUGGGGUGUUGUCGAUAAUCGAUGACACCCCAAGGCGGGAGUUCAGCCCUCGACAACGACAUACCCUAAAGGAGUUUGCGCAAAUCGCCAUGCGAGAACUGGAACUUUGGAAAGAUAAAAUCCAACUGCGCAUUAGAGAUCGCAUUCAGACAUCGAUGGAGCAAUUCACUCGGGAGUGUCUCGAUCUGGACAAGGAAGCCGAAGGGGACAAGGGGUUGUUUGUCGGUACCUCAAUGGAGCAAAUCUACGAACGCGCGGCUCGGCUUGUGAAGCGAACUCUGGACGUGGAGGGGGCUAUCGUCCUCGACGUCUCCCAUGUAGACAUGCUUGAGACCGUUGGCGCCGAGAGCACAAUCUCCAUUACCCUACAUAAUGCUGACAAGCAGAUGGGCUCGGGAACGAGCAGCAAGUCACUGAACAAAGAGGAGUACUCCCGGCUUACCGAGUUCUUCAAAAAGAAUCCCGAGGGAAAGAUUUGCGAGGGAAUCGUUCCAGCUACCCUACGGCCCUUCUUGCCUACACGGAUACAGUACGCGCUUGGCGUGAUCAUUUUAUCUGCUGUCCUGAAGCGGAGGAUGAUCCUUGCCGAUAAGGCGAAGAGUCUGUUCAUUUCAAAUAUUUCCCAUGAACUGCGCACGCCGUUGCACGGGAUAUUGGCUUCCGCAGAGCUACUGUCUGAGACCCCACUCGACCAUAGCCAGGCGUCAUUCCUCCAGACUGUACAAGCAUGCGGGACCUCGCUUGUGGAGACCGUGAACCACGUAUUGGACUUCACCAAACUGAGCGGGAACUCAAAGUCUGGUGGCGUGGAGCACGCCAUUCAACUUAGCAAGGUCGAUCUUAUGCAAUUGGUCGAGGAAGCCACCGAAGGAUGCUGGAUCGGGCAUCGAGCCCGGAUGUUUACCUCCGAGAUCGGUAGUGUGUACUCGCCCCCGAAGCAGGAUCGUCAGGCACUUCUUCAAGAGCCAGCGCCACGGCAUGUGGAGACGGUCAUCGACAUCGGGAACUGUAAAACUGUACGCCGAUCGCUGUUCCGAGAUCUCGCCAACGCUGAUGCCUUCGCUCAGGGCUGGACAUUCCUAUGCGAGAAAGGUGGGAUACGUCGCAUUCUCAUGAACGUCUUCGGGAACAGCCUGAAAUUCACAUCGGACGGUUUCGUGCAUGUCAUGCUCCGGCAGUUGCCACCGACGAGUGAAACCCAUGGGAACAAAGUCAGGGUAGAGUUGUCUGUCAUAGAUACCGGGAAGGGAAUUAGUCAACAAUUUCUCAAGAAUCAACUCUUCCAUCCCUUCUCUCAGGAGAACCCGCUACAGACAGGCACGGGCCUCGGCCUUGCUAUCGUCAACAGUAUUGUCCGCUCGCCAAGCGUGGAUGGCAAAGUAGACGUCUGGAGUGCGGAGGGAGUCGGUACCGAGAUCAAGGUCACGUUUACCGCAGAGACUGUGGAAGACGAGCAGAUCUCGACCGCAGAUGAUGAACUCGUGAAGGUGUACGACCAUCUCAAGAGGCCGACCAUAUCGCUGCACGGGUUCAAUGACUCGCACCGAGGAGUGCAACUACUGCGCUCGGUCAUGUACUCUUAUCUGGUGACUCGGUGGGGCUUCGCAAUCGCAGCGGACGACGAGCACGGUCAUAUCGUCAUAGCCAAUGGCGAUCUGACGCCCGUCGAGGAAGCGAUCGAGAGCAAGCGGGCGACUCAGCCCUUCAUUCUCCUAUCUCCACUGCGCGGUGAACCCAGACUGAUGAGCGUCGUCAACGAAUACGAGCGGAUGGGUGGCUUCUGCCGUAUCGUUUACAAGCCCGUAGGCCCGAUCCGACUGCAUGCCGCGCUCAGGAUGUGCUUGCACGUGCUGAACAUGUCCCGCACUUCCCGCACGAAGGCGGCUACGCUUGGACCCCUGGACCCCUCUCUGCCUCUCUCAUCGUCGCUCCUUGAAGAAACGCGUGCAAUGUUGCAGGAUGGGCUGCCGCGGCGUUUGUCCGAGGAGUCGGGUCCCAAAGUGCAUCGACCAAGGCCACCGCUCCGCCAGCGGGCCAUUACCGCUCAUCCGCUUGCUACGGUGUCGUCGCUGCCGUUGUAUGCAGAGCCUGCUGAUAUGGAGCCAGAGUUCAUAGGCUCACCAGGACCGGCAUCUGCCCCAACAAGCCCGACGAUCUCCAUUGGCCAGGGAGGCACCCUGCUGAGGUCCUCCGUUGGCACGCUGGAAGCACAAGGUCCGCUGCGGGUGCUCGUCAUUGAGGACAACAGUAUUCUCCGGAACUUGCUUGUCAAGUGGCUCAGAAACAAGGGCUAUGAUUUCCGAGAAGCCGUUGAUGGAGAGGAAGGUGUUCGGAUCUUCGAGUCCGACGGCCACUUUGAUGUUGUCCUCGUCGACCUGUCGAUGCCUGUCCUUGAUGGCGUCGGAGCCACGACACAGAUGCGGUCGAUUGAGCUAGCGCGAAGUAUGAACGGCUUCCCUUCGAGCUCGGCCGAAAGCUCGGCGCAUGCUGCACGAAUCUUAGCGUUGACCGGCAUGUCCUCAUUAGAAGACAAACGCCGCGCAUUCGAAGCAGGCGUCGAUGGAUACUUGGUGAAGCCCGUCGCCUUCAAAACCCUGGACACCAUAUUUCACAAGCUAGAGAUAGCCUCAUGACACCUCAGAUCCCGGGUGCUGCACCACGCAGGAUGUUUCCUUGGACCUCUUCCGCUUCUGCCACCCCUCAGUACUCAGUACUCACACGUCUAGUAUGCCCCACAGUCUUGUCACGUCCGCUCGCUCGCUCGCUGCCUCAGGGCCAUGUACCUUCUUUUCCGCUCGCGCUGCUCGUCGUAUCAUAAGUUACUACCCCACUGGUCCUCGCUCAUUGUCUGCAUAGUCCAUAACCCAUCGUCCACUGUAGCCUCCUAGUCCACUACUUCUUCACUGAUCAUUGCAUAAUGUUAUUCUACACACUGUGACGUUGGGAGGUAAUCUAUAGAGUCGAAUUGGUUUCG